UUUUUCUAUGAUUGGUCCAAUACCAAAAUAUCUACCACCAUCUAGACCUCUCUGCAUGCCUAUAUAUACUCCUCAAUACACCAUUUUCUAGCAUCCCUACUCUAAAUUUCACUCAUUCCCUCCUUAUGCCUCGUUGAGCACAUCACAUAUAAUUAUACAGUGAGAAAAAUGGCAAUUGAGCAUGUUAAAGAUAUUGAAAAUGGUGAUUAUAACAAAGGGGUGGGAGAUUUGGAGCAGCCAUUUCUUGAGUGGAGAGAGGGAAGUAGUGGAUCACUUGGGGUGGUUUUGUUUAGUACAUUCGUUGCUGUCUGUGGAUCUUUUGAGUUUGGAUCAUGUGAAGGUCCUAAUUACAAUCCCAAUAGAAAAUACUAUAUGAUAUAGGAAAAAGGAUAGGAGGGUUUGUUUAGCUUAAGCUAAUUAUUUUGCAGGUGGGAUACUCGGCUCCAACUCAAUCUGGUAUUAGGGAAGAUUUAAAUUUAACACUGGCCCAGUAUUCUAUGUUUGGAUCAUUGGUAACAAUUGGAGCUAUGAUUGCUGCAUUCACGAGUGGCAGAAUUGCGGACUUCAUAGGGCGAAAAGGGGCUAUGAGAAUGUCAGCUGCUUUCUGCAUUGCAGGAUGGCUUGCUAUCUACUUAUCUGUGGGAGCUCUGUCACUUGAUAUUGGUAGAUUUUUGACAGGAUACGGCAUAGGGAUCAUUUCUUAUGUGGUGCCAGUUUACAUAGCAGAAAUAGCUCCUUCAAAUCUCCGUGGGGGGCUCACUACGCUCAAUCAGCUCAUGAUUUGUACUGGCUCAUCAAUUGCGUUUGUGAUAGGAACUAUUAUAACAUGGCGAAACCUAGCUCUAACAGGGGUUGCGCCUUGCUUUGCCCUGCUCGUGGGUUUAUUCUUUAUUCCGGAAUCCCCUAGAUGGCUGGCAAAAGUUGGGCUGGAGAAAGAAUCUGAGGUCUCACUGCGUAGACUUCGUGGCAAAAAUGCUGAAAUUACUGCUGAAGCUGAUGAAAUUCAAAUUAGUGUUCAAAGCUUGAGAAAACUCUCUAAAGCUAAAUUGACUGACCUGCUUGAGGCCAAAUACAUACGUUCUGUGAUAAUUGCUGUUGGGUUGAUGCUAUUUCAGCAAAUUGGAGGAAUAAAUGGAAUAAGUUUUUAUGCUAGUCAGACCUUUGUAGCAGCUGGUAUUACUGGCAAUGUUGGAACUUUAGCGUAUGCAUUAAUUCAGGUUCCGGUAACUAUAAUCGGAGCAGUACUAAUGGACAAAUCUGGAAGAAGACCACUUCUUUUGGUAUCGGCAACAGGGACAUUCCUUGGUUGUUUGCUAACUGGAACUGCUUUCCUUCUGGAGGGUCAACAAUUGUUGCUUCAGUGGGUACCUAUUCUAGCAGUCUCUGGUGUUCUGACUUACAUAGCAUCAUAUUCAAUCGGAUUGGGACCAGUCCCUUGGGUGAUAAUGUCAGAGAUAUUCCCAUUACACAUAAAGGGUCUGGCUGGUAGCCUGGCGGUGCUUACUAACUGGCUUGGUGCCUGGGCUGUGUCAUACACUUUUAAUUUUCUAAUGAGCUGGAGUUGCCCUGGUACUUUUUUUGUUUUCUCCGGAUCCUGUGCUCUUACAGUACUGUUUGUGGCCAAGGUAGUACCGGAAACAAAAGGGAAAACACUGGAGGAAAUUCAGGCUUCAAUCAACUCUCAGCUCAAGUGAAAAUUAUAUGUUCCAUAAUCUAAAUUCUUAAUGAAGUAGAUUCACUCAGCGAGUGCAUCUAUUCACAUGUUAUUUUCUUUGUAAUGUAGCGGAAGUAUAGUUAGAGAGAGUCUAGAUUUUUAGACCUUAAGGCUUAAGCAACUGUCAUGUAUCAACUGUCUGAGCGAAAACUGUUAAUUGUGAACAAGAAAUCCGAAUGCUACUAAUCUUUGGUA